UUAAAACUACUACGAUACUGCUUAUUUAGUGCAAAAUAAAUAAAUUCCUAAAAGUUUGGCUUUGUUCAUUGUUGUAAAUAAUCAUAGAAGUUCUUCAACAAUGUGUAACGUAGAACAAAUAGCAGAUUGUGGUGAUAUUUUAAGCAUAGGAAGAGCAUUGUUCAUAUCGGAAAAAGAAGAAACUACAUGGCUGUCACAAUGUUUAUUAUCCCUGUCAUCCUGUGGAAACAUGCUAGCUGUGGGGUACAAAAAACGACUUUGUCUACUCACUUCGCAAUGGAUAAGUUCAAAUGAUAGCAAUUCAUAUCUAAUCACUUGGAGUGGCACACUGCUGGGUGAUAUUACAUCGGUGCUCACUUUAUCCAUAUGCCCAUCAAAGCAGUCAUCGCAGAAUGGUACAGAUUGGUUUUGUAUUGUUGUUGGAUUCCAAAAUGGAAGUGUAGGGUUCUACACAAACACAGGCCAUCUUCUGCUUCACGAGAAACUUGAUGAAAAGCCUGUGUUAAAUAUAACCUGUCACACAGGAACAUAUGGAACCCUGUUGGAUGAUAUUCAUGUUCUGUUCCAAGAGAGUGUUUACAUUGUCUCAGGUUCCAAUUUAUUUCAAACCCUUAGAAAUGCUAAAGCUCAGUUGGCAAAAGUGCAAGCUGGAAUUCAAGAAGAAUACACUGUAGACAGUAAGAGUAUUUCAAUAAGGAAAUGGACAUUUUCUGAUCAGGAUGAAAUAAAAGAUGCUGCAGUUGUGGGUUUAGAAUUAAAGAAUACAUAUGACCACUUCCUGGCUGCUUCCACAUAUGGAGGAUAUGAUACAUGGUACAGAUCAAUUCCACCAAUGAACAAUUUGAUUUUAACGACCGGUGUUUCACCAUAUAUUGGAUUCCAUUACGCCUUAGAAGGAGGCACUACUCCACCUCUUCAAGACGUAGCUCGAGCAGUCGCAAACAAAAUAAAAUCAGCUUUACCUGGCUGGUUAGGGGGGUCAACAGAAACUGGUCCCACAAACACAGAGCCCUCUAUACGGGCUGAGCAGCUCUCUAUGAGGACCGGCGUGUACGACCCUCAAAGGACUGGUUCCACGGUAGUCAUAUCUCCGGACCGCAGACUCGCCGCCUUCACUGACAACCUUGGCAGAGUCGCCGUCCUCGAUAUCAUUAAGGGCCACUUGAUCCGCUUGUUCAAAGGAUGCCGGGAUGCGCAGUGUGCAUUUGUUCAAAUAUUCGACGGGGAAAACAAAAAACCUCAGCUAUCAACUAUAAAAGACAUACGCAGGGCUAUAUUUCUAAUUAUAUAUAAUCCGAGAAAAGGUUUGAUAGAUAUCAGACUGAUGCAAAGGGGCAGUAGAGUCGCAGUUUUUACUGCCUCCAAAAACGGAAAGUUGCUGUACAACACUUGUGGCCUAGUCGGCGCCGAAAAAAACUUCUCCCACAAGAAAUUAAAUCUACCUGAAUUCCAGUGUGCGUUUAUCGAUCCAGACGGCAAAAUAAAAAAGUUUAACAUUCCCUUCUAUCAUUCGCUGGACGGCGAACACCUGGAAAGAUCCAAAGACUUGCACGUUCUAAGGGCGAUACGUGAGAUCGUUAAAAAGUCGUCAAGUCUCUCGGAUGAAAACAGAGCAGAGCUGUACGAAAGCGCCACAAAAUUAAAGACUUUGGGCACGAAAAAGCACUGCAUAGAAAUAUUGAUUAAAAACUGCAGUUCUAUAGAAAUAACGACGGCGUGCUUGGAAUUGUUUUGGGAGAGUCUCAACGAGAGGACUCUCAACCAGUACGAGGAAAAAGUUAGAAGAUAUUUUGGAAACUUGGCAUUGAUUACAAAUUUUUACUGCCUGCUAAAUAACGAACCGAUCGAGGGCAUAAAUAAUUUGAUAAGCGACGUGUGUGCGGCGUUUCAAAUAGAUAGGGCAGCCGAGGAAGGCGACGUCAUUAAGAAAGAUCUGAAAUUCCAACUUCUCGAGGAUGACACUUGUAUAUUGGAAAGACUUCUGAUAUUGGCACAGGAGAAAGAUUACAAGCAGCAGCAGGUGCGUGUCAAGUUCGCAGACAACAGAGUGACUUCCUACAGGGAGUUCAUCUCCUGCUUCCAUUUAGAGGGAAAUUCAAAACACAUAUCUUUAAAACCCGAUUUGAAUACGGAGAAAGCCAAUUCCUUAUCCGUGGAUAUUUUUAAAUCUCUUCUCAAGUUAAAUGACAUGACACUCCUUCCAAACUAUGUCAAGAACAGCAACGUCGACGCGAGGGAAUUGGUGAAACUCGUUAUAAUGCAUUUAAUGAGCAUGUCCCUGGACGAAAUCAAUAUUAACCUCAUUGAGAAGUUCAUUGCUAUGUUGUACUACAUAUGCUCGUCGUCCGAGGAGGCCGUGAAUACUAGUUACAACGAAGUGUCCCCGUGGUGGGAGAGUAUACGAAGUAUGCUCAUAGAGCUGCAUUGUCCUCUUCGAAGUAUGAUAGUUGCGAUGUCCUGUAAGGCGGCAGCGAAACUGUUCGAGGGCAAACAUUUCGACAGGGAGGACGCAUGGGAGACGCUCACGCAGGAGAGCGCCAGCUGGGGCCUUUUAAUUGGCAAACUGGAGGACAUAUCGAUACUUAGCAUAAUCUUACUCUGCAAGGAAAAGUUUCAAGGCCAGGCGCUACCUAAGCUGCAAAUAGACGAAAUUAAUAUAAACCUAAAGUAUAUAUACGCGAGAGGGCAGGGCUCAGUCACGGAGCUAAUCGCGAAGUGGCUAUGCGGCAUGGGCGUGCCACCGGAAGCCGUGGUAGUGAACGAACUUAUGGAGGUCUAUACCGAGUCCACACUAGAAACGGACGACGCUGAUAGCGUCGACUGUUUGUUCAUAGAGAACAACAGAUUCCUCGUCGACGACAACGUCCAAAUAUUCAAAUGGCUGUCCCUGCUUAGGCGACAAUUUCCUCUUAGCACGAAAGCUAGUUAUGUAAUCGCCAAUAUGUGCUGGGAAUACGCGAUGGAGUGGCAAAAGUCGAUGAACAAAACGGAAAUGUUAGCGACAGUAGUGAUUUGCCUCGAUGCCCUAGCCGAUCCGCAUUUAAAGUUAGGAAUGUUUUCCAUAAUAUGGUCCACCUACCUGAAGCAAAGUUUCGAAGCCAGCUGCAAGCUCGUUAACAAAGUGGGAAAACUGCCGAAGGAUCAAUUGUGUUUGCAGGAUUUGAAUAUCAACACCGAUUGUUUAAUUGGUCUCCUGAAAAUUAUUUGCGAGUACCUUAACAAAUUUUUGGAAUGCCUGCCCUCAGCGGCUACUCAUGAGAAGACCGUCAUUCGAUUCGAAAACCUUUGGGACGAGAGCUCCCCGUCGCUGGUUGAAGUUGCGCAAAACACAAAAAACGUGGAUCCCGAUAUUCUAACCUUAAACUAUCAGAUAUCGUGCACUAUAUACUACCAGUGCCACUUCAAUUUGAAAGUGACGAAGCCGUUGGAUACGUUGUACGACAUAGACUACGAGUAUAUUCUGGAGGCGCUGACCGGGACCGUCGCCAAACGGGACAUAAAUCUGAAGUGUUCAGAGAAGAUCCGCAACCCUCGGAUGAAGUACCUGACGAAGCUGACCCGCACGGCUAUUGACACGAUCAGCUGCGAUGACGACGGCGGCUACGACAGCGGCGAGUGCCUGCUGUGGGUCGACAGGGUCUGCGCGCUGGCGGACCUCUGGGACAUCGAUAUCAAUUUCGUGCGACGACAGAAUGUUAUCGGCCUAUAUCACAUGGGAUACGACGAACUAGCGGAGAAUAUGUUGGGCCUAAUAGCCGACCCUGAAGUUUUGCUAACUCCUUUGCUGGCGAUCACAAUACAAAGACUGAAGCGUAGUCUAGAGAACUCCAAGAACCAAGCGGAGUGGAUCGUGUCCGUGCCGCCGCAGCUUUACAAACGAUUACAGAACACGGCACUGGAUAAUUCAAUUCCAGCGAACCCCUCGUUGUCGACAACAGCUCUCGUACUUGGAAAACUGCUUGCACAAAUAGCGAAAAAACCAACAGACACAAGCACCAUACAAGAUGUGAAGCUAUGUGAGAUGAUCGUAGAAAAUUGUGAAAUGUUAUCUAGACGAAAAUUGUAAAUAUAGGUACUUAUGAUUAUUUAGAUAAAAUAAAAAGUGUUACAUGAACAAAGUCACUUAC